AUGGAUAGAUAUAAAAGCAUAUGUUAUUAUGAAACCUUUAGGAAGAAUAUUUUGCCCGUGAAAAACGUAAAAUAUCACGAAAGGGAUAAAAUUUAUCUUUCACUGGGUUCGUUAGUAUUUUUCAAAGAUCCUUUUCAGUUAAAGAGAAUUCAAGGUUAUAGUAAAAGUAACAAUGAAGCCAACGAGGAUGAAAUAUCAUUAAACUGUUCAAUAUAUAAGAACGAUAAGAGGAUAACGAACGUAAUAGAAGUUAAAAUAAGGAACAAUAAACUGAGGGAAGUAUGUUACGGAAAGUAUAAGCCUUCCACGCCAACCAGAUUACUGGCGACGAAAAAAGGGAGAAUAACGCUUAAAACGAAUAAAGAAACGGAGAAAUCAGAUAAGGAAUGUGUGAGGAGUAGAAGCAGUAAGUUAAGAGCACCAAUUAUCGUGAAAAUCAACAGUGUGUUGGUGUUUAAGAUAAGGAGACGGAGAAGUGGGCUGAGGAACAGAUUGGAUAACUCCACAGUUAGCAUAUCGCUGGACCUGUAUGUUAACAGCAGUCAUAUAUCAACGAAUAGGAAGAAAAUAUUGGUGCCAUCAAAUGAGUAUAAUACGCCGAGGAAAAGUAGCAGUAGAAUAGAGUAUAAUACAGGGUGCUUAGUUUUGUAUAGUAAGGGAGAACAUAGCGGUAGCAGUAAGGACCGGAGUAAUAAUUGUUGUAGCGGCAUUGGAGAGUGCUGUUGCAAUGUCGAAGAGAGGAAAGUAUGCCAGAAGCACAUAACUGAUAUUAUUGACACGAUCACAAGUUUAAUAGGAAGUAUUAGUGUUAGUACUAGUGCCAGAGGGGAGUUGAGCGGUAGCGGCACGAGAAGCAUUGGCCGCAGCUGUAUCAACAGCGCCGGAUACAGGAGGUACAUCCUGUACAGAUACCUGCAAGUGCUGUACUAUUUAUUGUCCAGCGAAGUGGAAAUAUGCAAAGAUGCAGGCGUACCCCUAUCAAUGCUAACAUUCAGAACCGUGGAAAGCGGUAGUUCAGACGAUAGUGGCAGUUACAACCAUGACGCUCUAUGCGGACGUGUGAAUGAAAUGCUGUUUAGAUACAGCGGAUUAUUGGCAGUUGAUAGCAGAGACUUGCUGUAUAUUGAGAUACCAACAGAGUUUAAGGCGCUACAACUGCUGUUCAGAUCAUCACUAUUAAGCAUUAACAUGAGAGGCUCAGGGGAGGCGGAAGAGCAUAAAGUAAAGAUAUGCGGCAGAUGGUACACCUAUAAGGAAAUCAACUCAAUUGUGUAUAAGUAUUACAACCAACUGGCAAAAUCGCCGAAUUCAAUAUGCUUACUGCUAAGAUUCACCGACUACUCUGAUAUCACCCAGUACGCGUUGCUGCAAUCAUAUUUAGAAAAGCUAGAUACUACCACUGGUAAUACCAGCAGCACUAGCACCAGUAUUACCAGCAGUAAUGUGAUAUUGGAGUUGAUUUCAUGCGAUUUUGUUCACCUGGAUGGUAGAACAAGAAGAAAAAUCAUAUCAAUUCUAAUUAAAAAUGUACACAAGGAUCUGUUGAAGAGGUAUUUCAGGCAGUUUCUGUACUUUCUAAAGUAUGAUAUUGACGAUGCAUUUUUCAACCAUGUAGUAAAAGUGAUAGAAGGCGACGUAGAGUUAUCAUUGAAGAUUUUGACCACUACCAGUGAGAACAUUGUAUAUUUGGAAUGCUUGAGUAAAUAUGUUAAACACCUGAAGAAAGUGGAUGGUAAAGUGUUGAGUGUGAUUAAGCUGGAACAGUCGUUUUUAAACAUAUUCAUAAGAAUAAUCAACAGCAUAAAUGAGACUAGGAAAAAGUACACCCUGAGAAACCACUAUCUACACGUGCUUUUGAGUCAGCUAACAGGCUCAAAAUUGAGGAGGGGGAAAUUUGAGUUGAGCAUAGAUAGGGAGAGAAAGUUGAUACGACUGAGUCCACACGUGCCACUGAUAACAGAUGUAGACAGGGUAAUAAGGGCAAUUGACUACCGGAGAUCAUACAUAUACAAAUCCUCAAACUACCCACUGAUUCUACAGCUAAAAGUGGGAACGGGCGACGAUGGCAACAGCACCGGCGGUGACGGCAGUGGUUGCGGUGCUGGCAAGGACACGGAUCAAAGGAUAAUGCUUAAGAUGAACUACGCGCGGAACGAUGAACUCUGUUUGGAAGUGCUGAGUCUCUUUAAACACAUAUUAGGGAAGCACCACAUACCAGUGCUGACGUACAAGAUGAUAUCCGUGUACAAAAACCUUGGGUAUAUACAGCUGCUGCCUACCUUGAAUGGAAACACCACCGGCGCUUCUGGUGAUGCUGACCGCGAUGACGCUGCCAGUCCUAGUUUUAAGGAGAAUUUUAUCAACAGCUUCGCAGUCGUCAGCAUCCUGAACUACCUGCUGGAGGUGGGCGACAGGCACUACGAAAACGUGAUGCUUCAGAGAAACGGGGUCGUGACCAACUUCGACUUCAACUUCAUCCUCGGAAACGACCCCAACAUCCUCAAAAAGCCGCCUUUCAGGUUUUCCAGCGGGGACUUGGAGGUCCUCGAGAGGCUCGACGCGUACGGCGAGUUCGUAGAAAGGUUCACGCUCAUAUUCGGACUAAUUCGGCGGAGGUACAAGUCGGUGCUAAAUCUGCUCUACUCAAGCGGAGUUGACAUAGGCGACGUGAACAGCGUAGAGGCGCGGUUCAUGUUGGACUUAAGCCACGCGCAGCUGAGCGAGAGGCUGAGUGCGUUGAUUCUGGAGUCGCGCAGUUCACACUACCCGCAGUUCAUAGACAAGUGGCACCGGUUCACAAACUUGUUUAAAUGA